GUCUUUCGAUGACGUAUUUGACAAUUUUGCCGAAAGAAACCCGGCUGAACAAUCGCUACAUCGUUUUCCGUCAGAGCAGACUGUUUCACAGUGACAAGCCGACUGAAGUCUCUAUUUCCGAAAAGGAGUUGUACCUGUUAAACCAGACCGUCCCGAAAACGAAUGAAGUGGGGGAAUUGCAUGCUAUGAUCUUACAGGCCAGAAACAGGUCAUGCAUGGUUCGCGACACAAAACACAAGACCGAACUGUCCAGGUCUGCCACAAUCACACUGAAGGUCAGAUCCGCGCAUUAUUUGCGUCAAAUCACCCUGACCAUCACAGGGCUCAAGACCCCUGAGUUUACCUACAGAGUUCGACUGGAAGUGUGCACGUCACCUGUGAUAAGGCACGAAAACGUGUGCUCCAGCGAUGACGACCAGUGGAUUUUUUAUUUUGCCCCUACUGAAAAAGAAGAGCACGUCCAGCUGAUUGAAAUAACUUUGCGGGAGAGCGAACUACUGGAUAUUUAUCACGCGGUCAAACAUGUUCUGACAGCCAGCGUAAUAUGUGGUUGCGACAGCUGUCAUAUUCCACGCCCGACGAGUCUGAUGUCUAAAUACCAAGAUGACAAAACGGCGAUGCGCAUGUGCGAGGACAUGCCCAGCGGGAGAGAUUGGGGGUGUUCCCCCACUCACCAGCCAGAGCACGAUGAAGAAGAGAGUUCUGAUCUAGACCUCGUGGAACGUAAAAAAAGCGGUGAAAAUGACAUUUCAGAUUCGACCAGCGCCAGCGAGGUAGAAGAAGAGGAAGAGGAAGUCUCCGGCGUGACCGAUCUGGACAGCGAUGAAUUUAUCGUGGUGGACGAGGACGGCUUACAAAGCCGACCUUCUUCGCCGGCUGACAUCGAGCAGCGUGAGAGAGAGAACGCGAGCGCUUUCUCAGGAACGGGGUCAAAAGGUCAAUGCGAGGAACCUCUUGACGCCGGCGCCAGCUCGGAAAGUCAGAGCGAGAAGCCUUCGGACCUCAGUCUGAAGGACCGAGCCACGAAAAUUGUGGAAUUUAUCUGGGCAAGAGCGAUCAUCCUGGCUGUUCGUCAAUGGGUUACGAGAGAUUGCGCUGGGUGUCAAAUUGAACACCCAUCACAGAAACAGCACAGUUGCGUGGAAGGCGUCCCCGUAAGAUUUCUGGACAACGAGUUAAAGCAGAAGUGGCUGAAUCUCAUUCCCGCUUGUGAAUUGGAAAUAAAAGAGUCUCUAAAGCAACACUUUGAAUUAAAAGAACCUCAUGAUGGUUUUGUAAUAAACAUUUUGCGUAGAAUUUACACGCUGACGCAGGAAAAAUUGAGUGAAUAUAACCCGCUGUCCGAGUACCUGAGCAGAGAUCCGUCCGAAAUUCUGAGCCGGUUUUACAUGCGGCCGGAUGAACCUCUGAACAGCGCUGCGGAAUCAACGGCCGCCGACGUGUGUAAAAUUCUGAUGGGGUCUGAGGAUGACAGAUCGGUGUAGUGAUUCGCGAGAGAGAGAGAGAGAGAGAGAGAGAGAGAGAGAGAGAGACUGUGUAUUUGUACAUAAGACAUUUAUGACACCGAUGUUUUUUUGCUGCUAGUAAGUUUAUACAUUGUAUAUAUUUUUUUAUUAGACAAACCAUAAACAUUAUUAUUAUUAGAAAAAACUGGGACCUUUUUGUUUUAUUAAAAAACACCACGUUUUUCGUUUAAUAUUUUAGUCGUUUGAGUUUGUGUAAUUGUUUAUAGCACCUUUAUGACAUCUUUUGAUCGCUGCUAGUAGUUUACAUAUUUUUUGAACCCCUUUUGUGCAUGUUUAUUAGACAAACUGUAUAGUCUUUUCAUUUUAAUAUUUUAAACCAUGUAAUCAUUUUCAUUUAAUAUUUUAAUCAUGUAAU